AUGAUUUUGGUACAACUUCUCUUCAUCUUUUGUUACCAACUAACUCAAAGCCGUUUGAUAGACAUCGUCCAAUUAACUGACAUUCACUAUGACAUGUUAAUGGAUGCUUCCAAAUACAACGAAGACACCAGUUGUCGAGGUAAAGGGACAACAAUGGACGAGAAGACAAAGUUGUUCUACGUCCCGUCUCGUCAAAUCCCCAAACCCAAAGAUCCGAUGUUUGGCUUGUAUUACUGUGACUCCAACAAAAAUUUAGUCAAAGAAGCUAUUCAGCAGUCUUAUCGAGUUUCUCCAUAUCCAGCAAUAGUAGUUGUAUCUGGGGAUGUUUCUGCGCAUAGUCCCGGAGAUGCAUUUAAAGACACAAUGCAAGAAGGACUUCAGUUCGUCAAGCAUAAAUACCCAGGUGUUCCAAUAGUGUUUUGUAUAGGUAACAAUGACUUCAAUCCGUCAUAUAUAACUUCUUGUGACGACACCAAAUACACGCAAUAUUACUCAUAUUUCAAAGACUAUAUUCCCGCGAGUGAGGCGGAGGAGUAUAAACAUCAUGGGAGUUAUUACCAACACUUUAACAGUUUGAGGCUGACUGUUGUAUCGAUCAACACGAUAUUAUAUGGUCCAAAGCUAACGGGCGAUGACUGUGACUCUCUUUCACAUAUAGAAGAGGGGUUGAAUGAAGCGCGGAAGAUUGGCAAUGGAGUUUUAAUAGUCGGGCACUUUCCGUUUGGUGUUGCUGCGUAUGACUGCAAAAGUUAUUUGAAUUCGACGGUUCAAAGUCGGUUCUUGGAGAUGUUAAAAAAGAACGAAGACAUUAUCGUGGAGAACAUAUUUGGACACGACCACCGAGACGAAGUCAAAGUAGUUGAUGGAGUUGUUGGGUUAACAAGUAUAUCGGUGUCGCCACUGUUUGGGAAUUCUCCCGGUAUGCGGGUCUAUAAAUAUGACACUACUAAAAAGAUUAUAGAAGACUACAUCGACUACUUUAUGGACUUCCAGAAGUCGACUCAGCAGGCGCGAGGUGUAUGGAGUCAAGGAUAUUCGUUUAAGAAGAUGUACGAAGUUGCCGACGCGACUCCAAGUAAUGUUCUGAUAGCCGCAAAGAAAAUGAAAGAUGAUGCUUUAAUGUAUAUGAAGUACACGUCACUGGUCAACGGAUUCUUCGACCCGGAAUAUAAAAAGAAGGAGUGCGUGAUGAUCUCCAAUAACAACGCAGACUAUCAGAAAUGUACUCAGUCGAUGUUGUAA